UUAAUUCAGUCAAAUGUUAUCAUACAGCAUAAUAAAAUAUACUUAAAAAUAUUUUAAUAAAUAGUAUUUCUAAAAGGUAGCGUCUACUACCGAGUGUGCUUAUCGUCCUGCUGUUUCAUAUAUUAUCUUUCUGUUCUCCCCACUUUUUACUAAAAAUUUAGAUCAUUUCUGGAAUGUUGUCAAUUUUAUUAUUAUUAAGCUACACACAAACAAAUUAUACAUUAUUUUAUGUAUAUUUCAUUAACGUUUAGAUCACAUAAAAAACUGCAUGUUUUCAUAAUAAAUUGUGGGUCAAAUGAAUGCAAUAAUCCGAUUGCCAUAAUCCUAUUACUUACAAAAGCAAAAAGAGCCCUGAACACUGAUUGGCAUGUUGUCCAUCCAAUGAUGUUGUAACCCCUCAACUACACAACCAAUGAGAGGGAGACAUUCGAACGCCUGGAGACGGGAAUCGGUCUUCUGAUUGGCUGUGCUCUGUAGGGGCGGUGUGUAGCGACAUGAGCGUCUUUGUCCGUCCGUUUACUGGAGUCUGGAAUCCGACAGCUAUAAUAAUCAGAAUGAGGUCUCAUGUAAACACGUUAUUCUGAAUAGACACUGUAAGUUAAGAAUUAUAUAUUUUUGUUUAUUCGUGUAAUAAAGCAGUUGUGGGUUCCUUAAAAAUCAGACAGAAAUGUCGAACAAUCGUACAAUCAGACACUUCUGGAACGAGAAGGAGACAGAUUUCCUGUUGCAGACAUUAAAAGAGAUGAAUAUUGAUCGAUAUAAAGACGGACGCAAGAACCGCAACAGUCUCAUCUUCAGAAAGGUUUGCGCUAAACAUAAAGCAGCGGGAUACAGACGCUCGUGUGAUCAGGUGAAACACCGCUGGAAAACACUCAAGUCCAUUUACUAUAAGGCUAAAAGACAAAAUGUUACAAGUUCUGACGCAUUUAAGCAUUUUGAUACAAUGGAAGAAAUAUUUGGACAUAGACCUUUGGUUGUGUCAAAAGAGACUAGAGCUGACAUCGACUCUAAAGAUGUAUCUCCUUUGUCAGAAAGCAAGUCUUUCACUUUUGAAGGUGAUGAAUGUGAUGAAGAAAACGAUGUGGAUGAUGUGGAAAGUGGAAAUCAAGAAAUCCAGACAUUGAAAAUUGAGAACGAUCCUUUCAUCCUCACUCAACCAUCACUUGAGAACACAGACCCUGUAGAAAGCUCAGCAUCCAACCAGCCAUCCAUUUCUCUAGAGAUUACAAACUGUACACAACCAUCCACUUCCCAGCAGACCCCUGUUCAAGAUGUGUUUAAAUGCAAAAGCCCUUGUUGCACUUCAUUGCAUGCACAGUAUCAAAGCUUCAUUGAAAGAAUGCAACAGACACAAAACCUGUGGCUGGAGCGGCAGCAAGAACAGAGUCAUGCCCGAGAGGAGCGACUCAUCGCUCGAGUGCUUGCUGAACACACCCGCUCUAUGGAGGCUUUAGUCAACCAGUUAUUUGCAGGAUUAAGAAGCCUCCUGCCCCAUUCAAAUCUACAGGCAAGUCCCACACCUAUGCGUACACCACCAGAUAUCUUCAAUACAUACCCUCAUCAUGUCAACAACAGUGCAGAGAACUGGCAACCAGCACACAACCCAACAUCAAGCAUUUCUUCUCAACCUGAAGACAAUUCACUUCACAAGAUAUCAGAGAGUGUAAACCAAUGAUUCAAAACAUCCUGUUUUGGAGCAAUAAAGCAUCUCAUUAACAUA